AAUGAAGACGAACUUAUCUAUAAAUCCAGUUGAAAAACUGCUUACGCUAUCAUUUAAAAAUAAACUUUCAAGCACAGUUAUUCAUAAAAUGUCAGGGAAAGGAAGAUUAAGUUUUAUUAUUCUCGCAAUAUUUGCAAGAAAUUGUGCAAUGGAACCUUCCACUGUAUGUAUUGGUGAAAAUGAAGAGUACAAAGAUUGCGGAUCGUCAUGUCCACCAACAUGUGAGAAUCCAGACCCAGAAGCUUGCAUCACGUUGUGCGUCGUAGGAUGUUUUUGCAAGGAUGGAUAUUAUCGAGACACAUCCACUAAUCAAUGUGUUCUUCUUGACGAAUGUCCAGGAAACCCCCACUGCGAGGAGAAUGAAAUAUUCACAGAAUGUGAAACUUUAUGUCCAAAAUCAUGUAAUAAUAUGGCAGAUUUUAAAGCUUGUCCAAUCACUCAAUGCAACCCGGGAUGUGUUUGUGAUUCCGGUUAUGUCUUGAACACUGUCAUAGGAAAAUGCGUUUUACCUGAAGAUUGUUUUGUCGAUUGUUCUAGAAAUGAAACAUUCAUCGAUUGUCAUGGAGAGGAUCGUUGUGAAACAAAGUGUAAUAGUCAGAUGAACUGUCGCUUUUCGAAUGAUUGCAGCAAUAAUUGUGUAUGUAGAACUGGUUAUUUUCGUGACGAUGAGUCAGGGCUUUGCGUUAAGCCAAUGGAUUGCAGUAAUGUGAAAAAAUAUCUUCAUUGAAUGUUUUGUUUUAUAACUUGAACUUCAUGUUGUACUGAGUUGAGUGAUUGAAUAAAAGGCAAAGCCGAAAUUGAAAAA